AUGGCGAAUGAAACAUCUGCACGACGCGCGAGGGCAUCCUGGAAGAUUUCUCUGGGAUUGAUCAACACACUCUCCAAUUACACGAACUACUACGGUCUCCCCGCCACUGGUAGCGCAGGCACUGGUAUUGUCUUUGCUAUCUUUAAUGUUGGACAAAUCGCUGGGGCUCUUUUCAUCUGGCUUGCUGACUGGACGGGCCGCAAGAUCCCCAUCUUCAUUGGCUGCGUCGGCGUGAUCAUCGGAACGAUCAUCACUGCGACUGCCCCUACGCUCGGCGUGUUCGUGGGGGGCAGAUUCCUGCUCAGUUUCUUCUGCACAAUCGCCACAACUAGUGCGCCCUUGUACAUGAUCGAAAUCGCCCCACCAUUGUACAGAGGAACAAUUGCUGGAUUAUACAACACAUUAUGGUACAUGGGUUCUAUUAUCGCUACUUGUGCGGUGUUUGGUGCUCACAGGAACCUCGCCGAUCGCGGAGAGCUCGACUGGCGCCUCCCUCUCUGGCUGCAGAUGCUCUGCCCCGGAAUCGUUCUCCUUGGCAUUUUUUUCUGCCCGGAAUCCCCUCGCUGGCUGAUAGGUAAAGGGCGCGUCGAAGAAGCCCGCGCUUUAUUGGUCAAGUAUCACGCCAACGGAGAGGAAAACCACCCGCUUGUGGAGCUCGAGAUGCAAGAGAUGUCAGAAGCAUUGGCAAAAGAAGGGCUUACUUCGUGGCGUAAUCUCUUUGACCUGCGAGUCUUGUUCAAUACACCGGGAUGGAGGUAUCGGAUCAUGCUUAACAUUGCAUUCGCGUGGUUUGGCCAGUUUGCGGGAAACAAUGUCAUCUCAUACUACCUGCCUUCUAUGCUUCGCCGCAUUGGUGUGACUGACACGGACACUCAACUCCUGCUGAACAUCAUUUAUGCCAUCGUUGGCUGGGUAUUUGCUACUGGCGGCGCCCGUUUCCUGGAUACCGUAGGCCGCCGGCCAAUGUUCCUAUUCUCUGUGGGAGCCAUGGCAAUCUGCCUCGCCAUCGUUGCUGGCACAGCUGCAGGCUUCGUUCAAACGGGGAGCACGAGCUGCUCGUACGCAAGCAUCUUUUUCGUUUAUCUAUUCGGAGCGACAUUUGCCAUAUCUUUGACACCGAUGCAGCCGAUCUAUCCAGGAGAGGUGCUCACUAACGAUAUGCGGGCUAAAGGCAUGGGUGUCAUGCAGAUUUCUUCCGGCGUGGCGAGCUUUAUCAACACUUUUGCUGCUCCUGUGGUACUGAACAAUUUUUACGCUUUCUUCGCCUUCUUCGAUGUCUUUGAGUUCCUCUUCAUCUACUUCCUAUUCGUCGAGACCAAAGGUCGCACACUCGAAGAGCUAGAAGUCGUUUUCAAUUCCCCUAACCCGAGGAAAGCUAGCUUAGCUUUCGCGGAGAGCUCUAAGAGGAAGGAGAAAGGGGGCGUCGAGGAAGUCGCGUGA